GCAAAGAGCAACAUCUUCGUAAUUGAAAUGGAUUCCAUGUCAUAUAACUUCAAUAUGGAAGAUGAGAAGCCUAUUUUUACAACAGCUAGCGAUGUUACAACCACGACUACGACUGAGAGUUACACGACGACUGGCUUAGACAAUAUAACCAUCAACAGCCAAGAGGGAUCAUUCUCAGCUACAACGCCAUCGUUUCAAAGAGGAGGAAAUGAUCUUCUCAACUUACUAGCUCGGCAGGAACCAAGAGCCGCGGAUCCCGCUCCAAAUAGCACCGAAAUGGAAGACAUUCUACUGAACAUGCGACUCAAUGGCACUGACCCGCUAUUCGAUGAUAUGGAUCCAAAUCAUAACUACUUUCUGGGGGGGCGUCCAGAGUCCGUGGCAUCGUCUAAUCUGUGGAAUGAUAAUUCAAGUGUGUCGGGAGCUAGAAACGGCGAAAUGAUGGACACUUUUGACUUUCUCAUCAAAAGUUUGUCAUCUGCUAACAACUACGUGUCGAUGUUGACGCGGGAACAACUCUCGGUACUACGUUCGAUUCGACCUAGUCUCUUGUACGAGUUUCUGCAGGAGGUCGCUAAAGUUCGCAGUGAUAGAAGAAUGCGCAGGGCUCUACCUAACGAAUGCGCAUUUUGUAAGAACAACGGUGAGAAUGAAGAGUGUUACUCUUCGCAUGCACUGAAGGAUUGGCGCGGGCGUGUACUAUGUCCGGUGCUGCGUGCUUUCCGCUGUCCGCGGUGCGGCGCCACCGGUGACCGCGCUCACACAAUCAAAUACUGCCCGGAGAACUCUGAUGCUAGUUCCGAUCGUUCUGGAAGUUUGUCCGCGCGUCGUCGCGUGCCACCAUCGGCUUCAUUGGUUAUGGGCGGGACGAACAGAACAGGCUUUGGACCCCUGACUCCUAGCGCGCCAGCUUCUUCACCCGUACCUACUUCUACUUCGUUCCCGAACUCUUCAUUCUGGACAAGUUUCAGCAUGAACUAAUUUUUUAUUUGAUCGAAACUAACAGAUUCAAUUUAAAACCAAAUUAGGUAUAUUUAAUCCACUGAGUAGGUAUUUAAUUUUACAAUGUUUAAAUUUUCGAUUCAAGUUAGAGGAAAUAGUGUAUACUAAUAUUAAAAACCAUAUUCGUGAGCGCUCUAAAAAAUCUCUGACCGUGCUUGUUACAUAAUUUUGAUACAAAUAAAUAACAAAAUACCUUAACAACACCGAAGUUAAUAUUUUCUUCUUUUUUUUCCAAAACAAUUUUGUGACUCGCUCUUUUUCACCAAUUCAGGAUAUACUGUUAGUUUCGAUUUCAUAUCUAGUUAGUUUUGAAUAUCUGUCAAUGCGCUUUAACAAAAUGCAGUCCCACAGGUACUUCGAAUUAGAUUAUUUGUUAGAAAUCUAAGGAUUGAGUUACAUAAUUUCAUAAUACAUCUUUGUUCACUUUACUACACGUCGGUAGAAAAUGUGAAUGAAAUGGUUAUACAUGUGAACUAUUCCACCGUUCAAACAAAGCUAUGCUGGUCAUACAUUGUUUGAUAUAAAUACGUUGGAAUCUCAAUGUAGCUCGAUUAACGUAACGUACUUACUUACCUGCCUUUAUUUAAAUUUUUCAUUGGUACAAUUGUAUGCGUUAUCAGAUUUUCUAAGAAGUUCGUUUAUACUGAAGUUUUAAUAUAAUAUCAUCAGUCAAAUACAAUUCAAUACUACAAUUCCAAAAUUUUAAUGAAUUUAUUGUUAAUACUGAUAAUUCAUUCAAUUUUGUAUGCAAUUCAUUUUAAUGCAUUCACAACCGUAUGUUAUAAAUGUAAUUAGUGUUGUCGGUUCACGUAGGCCAAUGAAAAAUUCCUUUUCUUUGUUUUGGGUGUCGGUUUCUUAUUUUUAAAUAAAUGUUUUUGCAGUA